AUGGGCACCGUGGGGCUGGUGUGGGCCACUGACUGGCAGCUGAUUUUGGACUGGGUGCCCUAUGUCAAUGCGGCUAGAGGACACGGUCAAGAUGCAGUGGUUGCUGUGUUGGUGCGGAGACCCCUUGAGCAGGUCUCCGGGCUGCUGAGGAGGCGGUUCCAUCAGACCGCACCGGCUGCACUGCAGGUGACAGUUCGUGAGGCUAUAAAUCAAGGCAUGGAUGAGGAGCUUGAAAGAGAUGAGAAGGUAUUUCUCCUUAGGGAAGAAGUUGCCCAGUACGAUGGGGCAUAUAAGGUUAGUCGAGGCCUGUGGAAGAAAUAUGGAGAUAAGAGGAUCAUAGAUACUCCCAUAUCUGAGAUGGGUUUUGCUGGAAUUGCUGUAGGUGCAGCUAUGGCUGGGUUAUGGCCCAUUUGUGAAUUCAUGACCUUCAAUUUCUCUAUGCAAGCCAUCGACCAGGUCAUAAACUCAGCUGCCAAGAUGUACUACAUGUCAGAUGGCCUUCAGUCUGCGCCCGUAGUCUUCAGGGAGCCCAAUGGCGCCUCAGCAGGUGUAGCUGCCCAGCACUCACAUUUUGCUGCCUGGUAUGGGGAUUGCCCAGGCUUAAAGGUGGUCAGCCCCUGGAGUUCAGAGGAUGCAAAAGGGUUUAUUAAAUCAGCCAUUAGGGAUAACAACCCAGUGGUGGUGUUGGAGAAUGAAUUGAUGUACGGAGUACCUUUUGAACUUCCUUCAGAAGCUCAGUCAAAAGAUUUUCUGAUCCCUAUUGGAAAAGCCAAAAUAGAAAGGCAAGGAACACACCUAACUAUAGUUGCUCAUUCAAGACCUGUGGGCCACUGCUUAGAAGCUGCAACAGUGCUGUCUAAAGAGGGAAUUGAAUGUGAGGAGACAAAUUUGCAAACCAUCAGGCCAAUGGACAUUGAAACAAUAGAAGCCAGUGUCAUGAAGACCAACCACCUUGUAAUGGAAGGAGGCUGGCCACAGUUCGGAAUAGGAGCUGAAAUCUGUGCCAGGAUCAUGGAAGGCCCUGCGUUCAAUUUCCUGGUUGCUCCUGCAGUUCAUGUCACUGGUGCCGAUGUGCCUAUGCCUUAUGCAAAGAUUCUAGAAGACAACUCUGUACCUCAGGUUAAAGACAUCAUAUUUGCAAUAAAGAAAACACUAAAUAUCUAGUUUGGAGUUGAAGUUCAGGUCAUUGGAAUUUACUUAAAAUACUU